AAGGAUACCAUCCAACUUAACAAUAUGAAAGAUAUUUGAUCUUUUUUGACAGUUAUGAAUUUUUGAAAAAUUGUUCAAUGUAAAAGGACAGGGAUUUUUCCAGACUUAAAAUUAAAAUCAGUUCUUCCCUAUCAUGACAUGAAUCCUCUGUAAAAGAUUUCAUAACAAUAUAUAAAAAAUUUGGGUUACAGGCUGUUUAUAAACCAAUAAACAGGUGAACAUAUUACCUGUUGUUAUUUCAUUGAUGGAGGUAAUAACAAGCAGAAGGUUAAAACUUGUGUUCUGCUGCAUCUCUUUGUAAAAUGCCUCCAAAAACCACCAGUAAUAUAUGUUGUUGUACAUGGGACAUUUUUAGAUCAUUUUGAGAUAAAUUGUUCGCAGGCAGGGCUGUCAUUUUCUGCAGAGGGUGUGUGUGUGUGUGUGUGUGUGUGUGUUGUGGGGGGUAAUGGUGGGGAGGAGACGGCACCUGUUUCACAGACGCAGAAGUAAAUGCAGGAAGAGGAGGGAUGAAGAAACGAAGAAGAAGAAACUUCUGUCAUCGUCUGUUUGUUCUGGUCACACUGCAGAAGAGCCGGAGGCACGUGAAGGAUGGAGAAUCACACCUCUGCUGUCCUCACAGAUCUUUGGAUUGAUGAUGUCACUGCAGCGGCUGCCUUCGAUAGGCUCGUCUCGAGAAAAAACAGCCAAACCAACCCACUCCUCCACUCUCCAGCACCACCAGCGGGCUGUACGCAGGAAAUGUGUCCGGCAGCCACCAUCAUCCUCCCACCGCCAUCCAGGGCCAGCGUCCAUCCUCCUCCCAGAGGCCACGGUGACUCCCUGGGAAGGCUUAGCUCUCUCCUCCUUCUCUUUCUCCUCUAUCUCUCCACCUCUUCCACAGCUCCUUCCACCUCCACCUUCUCCCCCUGCUCCUCAGCCCACAACCGCCAGCCCCUGCAGCAGGAGACUGAAUGAUGACUGUUCAAGUUCCAGCUCUCCAGCUCCAUCUCGACCUGUCCAACAGGCCGGUGGAGGGGAUCAGGGGUUGCAGGUGAGCCAGAGGGUUUUACCCCAGUACCAGGUUCCCUGUCCUCCUCAUCUGCCACCACUGAGACCAGUCACCAACCUCAGCUUCACUCGAAACUUCACCUUCUCUUACUUUGUGCUGCCGCGGCACCAAUCGCCUCACCGCCACGCUGAGCGCAUCAGAAACCUCAUGCUGCUUUUGAAACAAACACGAUACUGAAGAACAAGCGCCGCGGGGGCAGCCAGUGGUUCCACAUCCAGAGGUCGUUAGUGUUCACUCUGCCUCUUCCCCAAUUCAGACUGCGAUCGGCUCCUUCUUCCACCCACAGCAGGAUCAGACCAUUUAGAUUUUACGCGUAUCUUUAUGUCCUCAGUCAGAUGCAUUAAAUAAACAACGUAAAAUCUAAUUAUCUCCCUCACAGUGUGAACAGAAGCUUCAAUCAGGUUUGUGAUGUAAUUUCUUGGAACUUUCUGGAAUUAAUAAAACGAUACAUUUUUGGAAAGUGCAUACACUAGCCAAUCAGAAAAUGGAAUCAUCCAUUUCCCUGGAAGCCAACAAGACAGCCAUCUG